AUGAACUCUGUUCCUUGUGGUUCAUUCUUGUUUCUGAAAAGAGGGACAUUUUGGGUGUCAUGUUUUGUUGGCAUACUCUCUGCUAUUGCUUCUAUCAUUAACUAUUUCUUCUUUAAACUCUCUUUUGAAAAUUGGCAGACACCUUCUCAGAGUGGAUCAUAUCCUUUACCAUAUGAUGCUCCUUUGCUGUUGACUAUACUGUUGCCGUUACAACACCAUGGACUAAAGCAUUCUCGAGAGGCUGUUCUGCCUGCAAUAUCUCCAGAGAAGCCACCACACAUAGAACGCACACUCAAUGCUGCUAGUGACAAGCAAAGUAAUGACACCAGCACAGAGAAGUCAGUUAUCAACAGAAGUCCUUUCCGGCGGGCUCGGAAACAUUUUAAAAAUAUCAUGGGUGGUAACCGUAAAGUAGGCAAGAAAGACAACUUGUUUGAUGACAGCGAUGACAUUAUGCCAGAUGACACCCAAGUCAGGACAGACAAACCCCAUGAGAUUGGGCUGUCAUGCCAUGCUGGUCGUGAAUACCAAUCUCCUUGCCAAGAGGAACCUGUGCCAAUCUCUUCUCGUAUGUCACAUGCAAUUCCUGUACCCUGUGGCCAGCUGCUGGUGGAUGGCAAAGGGAACACUAGGAAGAAGCAGCACCGAAGAGUUAACCGUCACAAGUCCAAUGAUGUGAAAAUGUCCCCUACCAACUGGAGUGUGGCGGGUACCUCACAGUGGCAGUAUCCAGAAGAAUUGAUGGUUACGGAUAUUAACGAACUGCGAUCUCUUGAUGAAUUCAUUUACAGAAAGCUGAUGGACCUCAGCUUGCAUUGUAGCCAAAGAGAUACCAUCUGUGAUAUAGUUUUUAAGAGAUCCCUGAAAGAAUUUCAUCGUGACCUCACGGCCUCUCUUUCAGUGGAAAUGCAGAAAGAUGAAGUAACCACUAGAUAUCGCUACAGGGACUUGAUGAGUAAUUUUGAGCAGGUGUUGCAAGCUCAAGUCAAGAAUGUGGGCACCAAUGCUGCUUUCCCUGUGACAAUGGGUGUGAAUGCUUUUCGAGGUUUCUUGGAUGAAUUUAUGAAAGAGAGUAAAGAAAUUAAAAGAAAAGAGAAAAAGGAAAAAAAAGUAGAAGCAAAGACUGUAAAAAAAGAACGACAAAAAAAGGACAUGCUGCUGGAUUAUUUGGGACAUAAAUUUCUUACUGUACAAUUCAACAUCCCAACAUUUUGUGAGCUUUGUUCUACCAUCAUUUGGAUUAUGGAAAAGGGCUUUGUAUGCCAAGUUUGUAAAUAUGCCUGUCAUAAAAAAUGUUGUUUACGAUCAACCACUCCAUGUAAAGGGAUCCCCACUCCUCGCAUAACAGAUGGUUCAACUGGUACACAAAUAUUUGGCUAUCCUCUUGAAUCUCUGCUUAGUGAAGGAGAAAAAGUGCCUUUGGUAGCCGAGAAGUUAAUAUCAGCCAUUGAAUUGCACGGCCUGUACACUGUGGGACUCUAUCGAAAAUGUGGGGCUGCUGCCAAAGUGAAGCAGCUGAAGAAUGCUAUUGAUGAAGAAGGUCCAGCUAAUGUUGAUUUAGAUGAGUAUCCUAUUCAUGUACUCACCACAACAUUAAAGUGCUUCUUCCGGGAACUUCCGGAGCCUCUGCUCACCUAUGACCUCUAUGAUGAUUUCAUUCAAGCUUCAGAAAUCAAGGAGUCUGUAGAAGCUAUCCAGGCCUUAUAUGCAGUCACUGAACGUCUUCCUAAAUCCAAUUAUCAUCUCUUUGAACGUCUUAUUUUUCAUCUUGCCAGAGUGGCACAACAUGAAGAAAACAACAAGAUGUCAUCUAGUGGACUUGCUAUUAUAUUUGUUCCUUGUCUUUUACGAACCAACAAAAAGAUGCAAGCCCAAGAGUCUCUGCAACAAGUGCCCAAACAAUCACAGUGUAUUGAAAAUAUAAUAUCUGAGCAAUUACGAAAAUUAAAGGUUACUUUAGCAGAUAUAAGCACUCUUAGUACAGCCCAGGCAACUGCCAAUGAUCGGUUGACACAUGUCAGAGCCAGCAUAAAAGUUCCCAAGCCUGGGGAUUUACUUGAAGAAGUUCAUCAUCCUGUUGUUCCAGUUCAAGCCCCCAUUUGUGAAAACCUUGGCAUAUUUGAUGCUCAGGCUGAGGCACUUGCCCUUUCAGCUCAUAUUGAGUCUAUACAGAAGGAAAAAGAAGACCUCACAUGUAAUUUGCCCCGGUUAGAAUGUCACCAACUCAAUUCUGAUGAUGAAUCCCAGGAUGUGGGGAGUAUAUUAGCUAAUACUCCUGACUCCAAUGAUACAGAUGAAAUUAAUGAAGAAUAUGCAAUUACAUUUGAUCUUCCUGUCAACCCUCCAAGCCGUUUGGUUCACUUGACAAAACGAAGGGCAGCUGUGCCUACCAAACACCUCCCAAAAAAAUAUCGCAGUAGUUCAACAAGGGGACCUGCUUCAUCUGCAAAUUAUCCUAUCCAUAUUGUUUCAAAACCUGGCUACAGAAGAGUUCGAGAUUCAAAUGUUGUCCUCUCCUUGGAGCGACUUGAGGAUGUUGAAGAAGACGAAAUUAUGGUGUGA